CUUGUACGACCAUCACCACCUCGAGCGUCUUCUCCGGCUUGCUCCCCCUUCGCGGCAGUAGACGCCGCCACAAGGGCCAGGUUCGGCCAAAAUGAUCAGCACACGGCCGACAUCAAGGUGACAGCUCGCCGCGACCAAGGCUACUCCCACAAUGGCCUCCGCCGGUGCUUCCGCCGCCGCCGCCGCCGCCGCCGCCACCGCAGCGCGCUUCGUGUCGCGCGACUCCUUCGCCAUCCCCUCGUCCAUCCCCAAGACGUACUUCCUCGGCCACCACGCCGCGGGCGCCAGCAAGAUCAAGGGCCUGCUCUCGACCAUCUCGGUGGUGCUCGAGUGCCGCGACUUCCGGCUCCCGCUGUCGACGCACAACCCGACGCUGGAGCGCGCCGUCGCCGGCCGCGAGCGCCUCGUCGUCUACACAAAGGCGGACCUGGGCGCCGACUCGGCCCGCGCGGCGCGCCCGGCCCUGCGCCGCCUCUACGGGCCCGACCGCGUCCUCUUCUGGGACAAGAACCGCCCCGCCACCACCGACGCCCUGCUCGCCCGCCUGCGCGACAUGGCCCGCGAGCAGGACUCCCUCACCGGCUUGCGCGCCCUCGUUGUCGGCAUGCCCAACGUCGGCAAGAGCACCCUGCUCAACGCCCUGCGCGCCGCGGGCGCCCCGCCAGGCCAGCGCAGGGCCAAGGCCGCCCGCACGGGCGACCAGGCGGGCGUGACGCGGCGCGUCGGCACGGCGGUACGCGUCGUCGACCCCGAGGAUGCAUCGUCGCCCGACGGCAGCGGCGGCGGCCGGGGCGUCGCGGGCGGCGUGUACGUGCUCGACACGCCCGGCAUCUUCCAGCCCUACGUCGACGACGGCGAGACCAUGGUCAAGGUGGCCCUCGCGCACGGCAUCAAAAAGGGCCUCAUCCCCGACGAGAUCCUCGCCGACUACCUGCUCUACCGCAUGAACCGUUGGGACCCGCACCUCUACGCCCGCUACUGCCCGCCCACAAACGACGUCAACGAGUUCCUCGACGCCGUCGCCCGCCGCGACGGCAAGCUCAAGACGGGCGGGCUGCCCAACUGGCAAGAGGCCGCCGCCCGCGUCCUCUCCCAGUGGCGCGAUGGCAAGCUCGGCCGCUACGUCCUCGACGACCUCGACGAUGCCCACCUGCGCGCCCACGAGCUGAUGCUGGAAGAGCCGCAGCUGAGCCUCAGCCAAGCCCGGAAGCUGCAAAAGGAGGAGCGCAAGCGGGAAAAGGCCCGUUGAUGUUGAUGGCGGGCUGUAACCGUUCAAGCACGUGGAGAGCAUCUACCACACCCUGUAGCUGGUGGUCUCGAGCAUCAUCGUGCCACGAUUCUGUAUUGAUGGACUCAAUCUGCAUGUACACUGUACCAUAAACGCCUUGUACUCCUAGACGACGCGCGCGUCAAUACACCAUGCGCAAGCAACAACCCCCUUCCCCUCUCCACAAGACCUGGGCUGCCUCGUGGUGUACUGCGUGCGCCCGCUUCCAGCGCCCACCCCCAAGUCUCGUUCUGCGCAUCAUGUAGGGUAUAUGAGAAAAGAAAGCAGCCUGCCCGCGUGGGCCCGCGGACCUUGCCAU